CGGUAAUUGAGAUUUAAGAACAUACGUGAUAGAGUUACUAAGUGCUGAAAGCUUCUAAACGACGUAGCCAUCUCUUCCUCCAUGCGUCUGUUAAGCUUAAUUAUCAUCGAGCAGAAAAUAUCAAAUUCAAAUUCUCAAAUACAUUUACUACGUACAACGUAUAUCUGAACUAUACUGGACCAUCUAGCAAGCUUUAUCGCGGAUUCUUGGCAUCUCAGCUGAGGAUAAAAUGCGAAUUGGGUUCACUCGAGCUUUGGUAUCCUCCCUCGCUAGAUCAUAGAUAGAAUGAUUGAUCAGUUGAUCUACUCAACCGACAUACAAGAAGGAGAAUGCAACAAGCUUUGAUGGUGUACAUCGGUAAAUGGAACGAUGAGCUUCCCUGGGUAUGAAGUGGCUAUUAAGGUUUGAUACUUUGAGGCUGAUAGUCCUGAAGCAACUUUGUCAUGGGGGUUUCUGGAAAGUGGUUUAGGUCACUGAUUGGUUUGAAAAGACCUGAAAAAUCAUAUACCAGUGGACAUGAUGAAAAUAAAACUGGAAGCACGAAAAAGUCUACACACAGGAGAAAGCAUUCUGUUGAAAUUGAUAGGGACCCACUUCAGAAUGAGUUCGGUCAUAAUGAUGAUGUCAGCAUUUCAGUUCGCGUUGGUGUUGGUUCACCUUCUUACUCACAUCAAGUGCAGGGUCCAGCUCAAAGUCAACUAAGUAUGAGAAAAGAAUGGGCAGCAAUUCGUAUUCAAACUGCUUUUAGAGGAUUUUUGGCUAGGCGGGCUCUGCGGGCAUUAAAAGGAUUAGUGAGACUUCAAGCACUUGUGAGGGGUCAUGCCGUAAGAAAACAAGCUGCUACUACCCUCCGAUGUAUGCAAGCUCUUGUGAGAGUUCAAGCCCGCGUCAGAGCAAGGCGUGUUCGUAUGGCACUGGAGAGUCAGACCUCACAUCACAAGCUUCAGCAAAAACUAGAACAUGAUGCCCGCGUUCGAGAAAUAGAAGGAGGGUGGUGUGACAGCAUCGGCUCUGUUGAACAAAUUCAAGCCAAACUUUUAAAGAGACAAGAGGCAGCAGCUAAGCGUGAGAGGGCGAUGGCUUAUGCUUUGGCUAACCAGUGGCAGGCAGGAUCAAAGCAGCAUGCUACUUCAGGUGGUUUUGAACCUGAUAAGAACAAUUGGGGCUGGAACUGGUUGGAGAGGUGGAUGGCUGUUCGUCCAUGGGAAAAUCGCUUCUUAGACAUGAAUAUUGCAGAUGGAGUUAAGAUUCAAGAUGAUUAUGGAUCAGAAGACGUAAAAAAUGGAAGCAAUAACCAGAUGAAAUCCUCUGUCAGCAAGAAACCGUUUUCUUCCACCACCCCAAUUGAGAUAGUGGGUCCUUCCCAUUCAAGCUCUAGCACGCAAGAAGCACCUUCUACAUCGUGUGGCCCACCAAACUCCAAGUUAAAUCCAGAAGGUUUAGCUGAAGAAGUUAGUUCAAGACCUACAAUUGGCUCAAGGUCACAAAGCAAUCCUAAAGAGAGGAUUGCUGCUUCGGACAAACAAGGAAAGAGAAGAUUGUCUCUACCCACUAGUGGGAAACAGGGCAUUAUUGGAACUCAAGCAACAAGGCUGCCCGGUCGGCCUGUUGUUAAGAAGACAACUAAUGCACUGAAGGUUACAAAAGACAAACCCAAAACUAAAGUGAAUGAACCGAAGUCUAAUUCCCAGUAGUUGUGAAUCAGUUUUUAGAUCAAGUGUUGAAGUUUGACUUGUCUGCCUCGUGUUUAUGUUGUACAUAUGUUAUUGGGAGUAAGAAGCUGUGGCGGUUCUUAGAGCAGUCUCUUUUUGUGUAAAUCUAUUCAGAAAUUAUCCAUUGUGCAUCUUAGAUGCAGUUCCUCGUGUUUGUUGUUUGUUUCCUUCCCCGCUGUAGAAAAGUUGAGUGAUUUUCCCAGUUCAGGUUUCUUGUGGUUAGAGUGGUGAGAGUUGAUCGGUUGAGCCUUGAGAUGCUCAGUUCUUGUAAUAAAUAUAAUUCUUUAUUUAAAAAUGUUUAAGAAUGUAUUGUGUGCUGUAAUUUCACCCCUCCAUUUUCUGCAAUAAUUUUGAUAAGCAUGU